ACAGACUAUGAGUCUAGUAGUAGUGUUACAUAUACACAACACUACGAAUAUGUAACUUACGAUUGUUUGACUAGUGAAAGGGAAAUUGGGUCACUCGCAAUUUAUAGUUGAGCGCCGAAAUAACGCAGACAAUCAACUAACUUUGAAUACAGUUAUGCGUGAGAAAUGCACGCUUAUUUCGAUACUGUGUUUGCUUGUGUAUAAGCCAGUUUCCUUAUUUCCGUUACCUACGCUUCGGAACGAGAAACAGGAUACAUUUCUGAAACAACUUAAGCUCAGGUAAUGCCUGUUAAUCCAGUGGUUGUACCUGUUCCCUUUGGAAAUGGAACCACUAAUCUGUCAGUUUCUUCUACAAGCGUGCCUACUAAUGUUGGAACCAUUAAACCCACCUUAACCAAAACCUCAGCAGUUGAUGUUUGUGAUGAAGAAGCCAAAAAGCUGUCUCGAGGAAUAUCUCGUACAGCAGAAAAUGCAGGGGUUAUCUCUCAGAUUCGUAAUGAGCUCUGUGCUUCACUUUCUGAAGUUGAGGAACCUAGUUCGAUAAGCAGUCAAUUUAAUGCCUUAGAGACAAAUGAUUGCACCUUUACUCUUCCAGAUCUUUCCACCCAAUCUGACGAAUUCCGGGCUUUCCUUGAAAAUGAGUUGAUUGACACAUCCAUGGCUGUGUCAUUGCAGGAGGCUGUUCGCUUAAACUGGUGGACAUGUUUAGGGGAAGGUUGCGAAAAGCUUUGGCCGCUAUCGACGACUGGAGAUGGCAAUUGCCUGCUUCACGCGGCAUCCCUAGGAAUGUGGGGGUUCCACGAUCGACUCCUAAUUCUAAGAAAAGCCUUGCACAACUUUCUUACCAUGGGAACGUUUCGUCAUGCGCUUUGGAGAAGAUGGAGAUGGCAAAACGCCCGCUCCAACCUUCAGGCGGGAUUGGACUUACGCCUAAAUGAGGAUGAAUGGCGACGUGAAUGGGAUAAUAUUCUGAAAUUGGCCAGCUCUCAACCGCGGACGUCGGGUUCAUCAACGCCUAGUGCAAGUGAAACGGAAGUCGAUGGCCGCGGUGAAUCCUUCAGCACCUCGAAAACAUACGAGUCACUGGAAGAAAUACAUGUUCUGGCAUUAGCCCAUGUUCUAAAGCGGCCUAUUUUUGUCAUCGCGGACACUGUUUUAAAGGACGUCAAUGGAGAAGCUUUAGCACCUAUCCCUUUUGGUGGCAUCUACCUUCCUUUAGAAAUUGAACCGAGUGAAUGCAGUCGAUCUCCUUUAAUUUUGGCCUAUGAUGCAGCCCAUUUUUCAGCAUUGGUUGCCAUGACACCCCAAAAAAAAUUUUCGCCAUCAACGUGCGAACAAGUUCCUGAUGCCCCCGCCGUCAUUCCGUUGGUGGACGUCGAUCGUGAAUUAUUGCCUAUUCAGUUUGAGGUGGACCCGGGCGAGGGAUGCGUUUGGAAUCGGGAUGAGUUCAAUGAAGCAGUUGUUCAAAGGGUUGCCUUCACGCACGAAGAUCGUCUUGCGUUGCUGAACCAAUUUCUCGAUUUAGUCGACAUUCUAUGUCCGGCAGUCAUUAAAAAUACCAAAACUCCUAAAGUCAAAAAUGAUACCAAAGCCAACGGAACUCUCAGUCGUCCCGCUAACGACACCGAAGGAUGGAAUAGUGAUGGGGAGUUCAAUGGUCGAUUCGGCCCGCCUGGUUCCAAGGCCCCCGGAAAGCAGCUACACAGUGUAGCCAAGCAAUUUGGUAGCCUUGGCCGCUCUGUUGGAAGAAAGAUCAGAAGAAAUUUGAUUGAUAAUUUCUCGGUAAAGCAUCCGCCACCACAGGUGCGACUAAAUAAUGCGCAGUGGGAAUGUCCCGAUUUCAUUCUAUGUGCCCGUCUGCAUACGGAGAAACACCACCCAGCCCUGGAAAAAAUGAUCAGCAACUAUCUGCAAUCCGCCCGUCAACGCUUUGAGCAGCAGCAGGCGGAACGGCAACGACAGACUCUCGUAUGGCAGCGCCGGAAACAGCACACACUAGCUGAAGUGGCCAUCCAGGAGGGACCUAGCCCUUGUAUCAACCCCAAUUGUACCAUGUACGGCACUGCCCUCACGAGCUACAUGUGCACGGCCUGCUAUGCAAAGCAGCUAGAACAGGAGGAAGAACGGGCGAAGAAUCUAAAAGUGGCUACCAACAAACCUAUCAAUGGCAAUCAAAAUGCACUUUAUGGUAUAGGGAAAUCAGUUUUCUAUGCCCAGUCAGACAGUCAAUCUUACGCCGACGCCUCCAAUAUUCCGGCACGGAGACCACCAAGUGGUCAAAAUGGGACGCUCUAUCUAUCAAAUUCCACCUUCUAUGGCGAUGCUGUUUCAUCCAGUAGCACAUCUCCUUCUCCAAAAAAGGAAGAAAAGAUAGUUUUCGAGAAGAUAAGUCCUAGUAUUUGUGACAAAUUCAAGCAUUCGAUUCCGAACGUGUUAGAACCAGUGGGACAAACAACCACACAAAGGUUACAAACUGUUGUAAAAGUUAACGACCGAAACGGGUCAAACAAACUUAAUGAAGAAAUAAUGGAUUCGAUGCCGAUCCAUCCUGAAGAACAACAAAGGCAAUCGCAGCCGAUCCGUCCACCCAGAACACAGCCAUCAAACAUUAAAAGUAGGGGAAAUUCAGUAGUGGAUGCCGAGAUACCACGCGCUUAUCCCGCUGUUGAGAAGGUGGCACAACAGCCUAUGUCCCGACUACUAUCGCAUUAUGAAAGCGUCCGCAAACCGUGCAAAUCGCCCGGAUGUACUUCCUUCGGACUGGCCAAUACGCAAUGGUUUUGCGCAGAAUGUUUUUUCGUACGCAAGAAAGCUGCCCUUGCCCGCGAAUCCAUUCUGGAAAACAUGAAAGCUGCGCAAAUGCAAUAGCGAGAAACGCGAAUUUGGUUAUGAGUGUUUCAGCCCAACUCUGUUCAUAAUCUACUAUUUGUCUCUACAGGGAUAUCGUUCCUUUUUUUAAAAUUCCUUGCAAAUAUUGGUAAAUUUUCAAAGAACUAGCAGCCAACGAUUCAAUUGAUUGCCUUAUUUUUCAUGAAUUAGCGUCAAGCUCUUCUCGUUAUCUCACGCUUUGAAACGAAUUUAAGCGUAAAUUUGCAAUGUCAAUGUAUGGUUGUUAAGUAUUUUUUCUUUGCGUGGCUUCAAGUGGACAGUGGUCGUUUUUGUGCCGUUGUUAGUCUCAUAAAAUUUGCUGAGUCAAUAUUUAGUCGUCAUGUUCUUUUAUUGAGAAUUAUAGCUUUCUCCCUUUGACCCAGUUUAUAAUCUCCUAAUAAUUUUUUUUUCUUUUUUCGUAUUCUUCUGUCCUCGGUAGAAGAAGUUGCUUCCGUCACAUUUAAAUCUAAUUUGCUAUUUUUAGGAUACAACCCUCUCAAUUGGGACAUGGUUGUUUUUGAAUUUUUUUUUCUCUAUACAUCACGAAGAUAAUCGAUCAAAGAACUUCAUACCUGGCAUUUAUUUUGAUGUAGCUAAUAACAUAUUACUAUAUGUACGUAUAAAAAUAAAAUUACGUUAAGCGUGAUUACUGCAAUACACGACUUGCUCCUA